AUGGCGAUGCGGGCCUCUGCGGUAGCCCUGGUGCUGUUAUCAGUCUUCCCACAACCAUCGGCGCCCCAGGAAACAAUCACAGGGAAGACUGUGCUGCUGGCAAUCGGCUACCCCCCAGGCAUCCCAUCCAGGCAGGCGCUCUUUGUCAAAACCACAGACAUCCAGCGGGUGCACGUGCUCGUGUACAACUCCACAAGCGGAGACCUGCCCGCCAGCUGGUUCCCAGGCAUCACAACUGGCAUGGACAUCAAGCUGAGCGGCACAUGGCUGAGCAGAGGCCCAAACAGCAGCGGCGACGGGCAGCAAUCCCGCCGCAGCAGCAGCGGCCGCGGCGGCCAGAGCAGCGCAGCAGGCAAGGCGGCGCAGCGAUACCCCUACCAAUAUAAUGUGCGCUCAGCCUACUGCUUCCUGGGGAAUGAGAUGAAGGUUUCAGGAGGGCACAAGUCCAAGCCAGUGAUUGAGCGCGGCAAGAAGAAGCGCAAGGUCAAAGCCAUGGCGGCAGCAGCGGCGGUCGCCAGCAGGCAGCCCAACGGCAGCGCCUGCCCCGCAACCGGCCUGCCCAAGUUCAACGUCAGCCAGGAUCGGCGGGCGGUGUUUGCGGAGCUGAACCCCAGGGGACCCGCCGUGGGCGGCACCUUUAGCCAGUGCUCCUAUGGCAAGAGCAGGCUGACGUUGAACAGCCAGGUGGUGGACAAAGUGGAGCUGCCCUGCAACGGCCCCACCGUCACCAGCCUGCAGCGCAAGCAGCGGCGGGUGUAUCUGAUCCCGCCAUCGGCCUGCGGCUUUGUGGGCCUGGCAUACAUCGGCUGCGACGGCAGCUUCGAGUGCCGCGCCUGGAUCAGCAGCGACCUCUGGACCACGCCGCAGGCGUAUGUGCAUGAGCUGGGACACCACACCUUCCUGGCCCAUGCGAGCACCACACGGAAAGACGGCUCGGUUGAUGAGUAUGGCGACUUCACUUCCUCCAUGGGCUACUGCUGCGUCGACCGCUGCCCCAACAUGCCCCAGGCGUGGCAACUGGGCUGGGCCCCCCUGCAGCAGCUGUCGGGAGCCACCCUGAGGCCGGGCACCACGGUGCAGGUGCAGCUGGCCAGCCAGUCGAACCCUUCCUCCCGCCCGACAGGCCCCAGCGGCGUGCGCGUCGUGGCCAACUGGACCGCAGGGGUGGACCCCAUUUUCGCCGGCCUGCGCAGCAGGACCGGCGGCGACCUCGCCCUCGACCCUUCCUACUCCAACCGUAUCAACCUGUAUUCCUCUGCUAGCACCAACACUUACGAUGCCAGGCCCUCGAUGUGGAGGGCGGGCCUGGCCGUCAACCAGUCGUGGGAGGCCCCCGGCGCCAACCUGACCAUCCGCCUUCGGGGUUUUGCCAGCGGCAUUGCGCUCGUCAGCGUCGGGCUCCGCCCCUACAGCGCGCUGACCCUGUGCCCGCCGCCGCCGCCGCCGCCGCCGCCGCCGCCCGCAGGCAAGGCGAUUGUGCUGGCUCGAAACUACCGGCGCGGCAAGCCUGCCCUGCAGUCCCUGUUCAUCCGGACAAAGACCGGCAAGCGGGUGCACAUCUUUUUCGGCAAUGAGACUCGCUACCCGGGCAUCACCACUGGGAUGGACAUCCUGCUGGAUGGCACGUGGCUGAGCCGGGGAGCGGGAGAUGCCCAGGCGGCGGCGGCGGCGCACGCCGCGGCGCACGCAGCGGCGGCCGGCGACGGCCUGCCCGCCGCGCAGUCAGCCAUCUGCGUCUGGGGCAAAAAGAUGAGGGUGUCCGGGCGCCGCAAAACCAAGCCCAUCAUCCAACGCGGCACGGUCCGCGCGGCCGUGGCGUCUGGCGCCGGCGACGACCCCGUGCAGACCGUCGGGGUGCUCAGCACCAACCCGCAGCUCACCUCCACCGACAUGAGCACACUCUUUGUGCCAAUUGCCGGCAGGCAGCCCGACGGCAGCGCCUGCCCCAACGCGGGCCUACCCAAGUUCAACGCCAGCCAGGUCAGGCAGGCGGUGUUUGCGGAGCUGAACCCCAGGGGGGCCACCGUGGGCGGCACCUUCAGCCAGUGCUCCUACGGCAAGAGCAGGCUGACGAUGAAGAACAGCCUGGUGGUGGACACUGUGGAGCUGCCCUGCAACGGCACCACCUUCGACGUGCCCUGGACGUUCUCCAAGUGCGAUUUCGACGACUUCAACGGCUGGGCGGAUGCGGUGGACCAGAAACUGAUUGCCAGCGGCCUCGACCUCUCCAAAUACUUCCACAGGGUCUACAUGGUGCCGCCAGGGCCCUGUACCUUUGUCGGCCUAGCCUACAUCGGCUGCGACGGCUCCUUUGAGUGCCGCGCCUGGAUCGCGGGCGACGUGUGGACCACAACGCAGGCCAUUGUGCAUGAGCUGGGACAUCAUCUCUACUUGGGCCACUCUGGAUUGCUGACUACCCAGGGGAACCUUGACGAGUAUGGCGACUCGUCGAGCCUGAUGGGCUUCUGCGAGGACCGCUGCCCCACCACUCCCCAGAUGUGGCAGCUGGGCUGGGGCCAGGUGGUGCAGCUGGACAGCAAGAGCCUAAGGCCGGGCGUCACGGUGCAGGUUCAGCUGGUCAGCCAGUCCGACCCUUCCUCCCGCUUGCUUGUGUGGGCUUAA